AUGCCCAGCAGACCGACGUCCACGCCCAGCAGACCGACGUUCACGCCCAGCAGACCGACGUCCAUGCCCAACAGACCGACGUCCACCCCCAACAGACCGACGUCCACUCCCAACAGAGCGACGUCCACGCCCAGCAGACCGACGUCCAAGCCCAGCAGACCGACGUCCACGCCCAGCAGACCGACGUCCACGCCCAACAGACCGACGUCCACGCCCAGCAGACCGACGUCCACGCCCAACAGACCGACGUCCACGCCCAACAGAUCGACGUCCACGCCCAGCAGACCGACGUCCACCCCCAACAGACCGACGUCCACGCCCAACAGACCGACGUCCACGCCCAGCAGACCGACGUCCACGCCCAACAGACCGACGUCCACGCCCAGCAGACCGACGUCCACCCCCAACAGACCGACGUCCACCCCCAACAGACCGACGUCCACUCCCAACAGAGCGACGUCCACGCCCAGCAGACCGACGUCCAAGCCCAGCAGACCGACGUCCACGCCCAGCAGACCGACGUCCACGCCCAACAGACCGACGUCCACGCCCAGCAGACCGACGUCCACGCCCAACAGACCGACGUCCACGCCCAACAGAUCGACGUCCACGCCAAACAGACCGACGUCCACGCCCAGCAGACCGACGUCCACGCCCAACAGACCGACGUCCACGCCCAGCGACCGACGUCCACGCCCAACAGACCGACGUCCACGCCCAACAGACCGACGUCCACGCCCAACAGACCGACGUCCACGCCAUAUAAGCCAUAUUCAGCGAAUCAAAAUGUAA